AUGUCGUUGCUGGCCUCCAGUUACAUACGACUCAACGUGUACUUCAAGCUGGUAUGGACAGAUGAGCUGCUAACGUGGAACCCAGAGGACCACAGCAACAUCUCAGUCAUCACACCCUACUCUGACAGUAUCUGGAUGCCGUCUAUAAAUCAAGGCAACACUUUGUCUGACGAAAUGGUGCACUUGGUGGCUUUAGAUGACGCAUUUCCGGUCUUAUUGAACAGCGACGGCCAAGUCACCUGGACUCCGCCAGCGCAGUUACACACUACAUGCACGCUGGACAUGACCAAGUUUCCCAAUGAUCAACACGCGUGCACUUUCUUCAUCCUUCUAAACAGCUACCCAGCUGAUCAGGUGUAUUUGAACUCGUCGGCAGGAGACUCGAUCAUUUCCACGAGUUGGCUGAACGACGGCCAGUGGGAACUACAGAGUGCCACCGUUUUCACUUCCUCCUUUAUGUUCCUGGAAGAUCAGAACAGGAGUGCUCUGUCUUUGAUGAUCAGAUUCCAGAGACUUCCCACGUUCUUUGUCCUGAACUUGCUGUUCCCCACUUGCGCCUUAUCUUUCCUGAACAUUCUGGUGUUUAUAUUGCCGGCGAGCUCUGGGGAAAAGGUGAGCUACUCUAUCACAGUUCUUCUGUCGAUGAUGGUGUUCAUGAGCACUACCACCUCCGUCCUGCCCCCGACCUCCUUGUCCGUACCUCUCGUCACGCAGUUCCUCACCACCCUCACGAUCAUCAGCAUCCUCAGCGUUGUCGCCACUGUCUUCUCCGUCUUUGUCCAUCACUUGCGAGAACGGCAAGAGGCCGAGCACGGCAUGAUUGUCAAAGUUCUGCAAAGUCUCACCAAACUGAAAGGCGGGAACGAGUUGUCCUCUGCGCAUGCGCAGUCCGAGAAGAAAAAGAAAAAUGGCGACGGGGCUGGUGAUACGGCUUUGUUUUGGAGAGGGAAGACGUCGAGCAAAGUCUUUCCAAGUGAUGAUGAAUGCCUUGAAAGAGCUUCGAGCAUUAUUGGUUUGGAUAACGAAAGGAGUGUCGAGCCUGACCAAAUUCCAAGUAGAAGCCCUUCCAAAAUAUCGACAGAAUUAAUCCAUACUGAAAAAAGCAAUAUAAACUUCAGAAACGACGAGAGUCUUCCUCCUCUUGAAGAACCCCCAAGCUAUCAAGUAUCAGAGACUUCAAACCAAUGGGUAAAACCAAAAAUCUUUAGCAACACACUAAACAACAACAACAACCAGUCGAGCGUAGCGGUUUUCAACGAAAAGACAAGAACUAUCAAGACAGCUAACGAGGAAGAGAGCGAGUCAAGAGAGAAGAACAAGAAUCAAGGUGAAAUGUGCUGGAAUGGAAAGAAACUGGCGAGCACUGUAAACAAAAGUAGCAGUGACUACAAAAGCAGUGAUCCCCAAGAUGGCGUCAAUAUUAUGACAAGGAACAAAGGCUUACGCCUUGUUUUCUCCAAACACCUGGACACAGAAGAAGAUCAGGAAUAUCCCCCGCGGCGGUGCCACUGA